UCACUUGUUGAGUGGAGCGCACACACAUGAGGAAACCCCGCAGAAUUUGUCUCAUUUUACAAACGAUAGACCAUCUCCAGUGAGGGUGUUCUUUUAUGUCAGUUUUCACCUCCAAUAACUGUAUUUAACGGGAACUGUUAAUUUUCAUUGAGUGCUAAUCUUCUUUAAAGAAACGCCCAAACAAGCUGAACUAUUGAUCGGGACUGAAACCUUAAGUCGCGCUCAUCACAAGAGGCUAUCAUGUCUGGCGAAGACGCUCCAACUCCGCAGCCGCAGCCUGAGCAGGAGAAACAGCCCGACGAGGAGCCUCCACCGGCGGCUUUAGAGGCACCGCAGGAGUCUGGGAGCAGCAGCCCUGAGGCGGCCGAGGAGAAGCCUCUCUCCAUCCGGGCUCUGGUCCUCACGGGCUACGGGGGCUAUGAUAAAGUGAAGCUGCAGGUGAAGCAGCAGAAGCAGCCGCAGCUAGCCGCGGGAGAAGUCAUCGUGCGUGUCAAGGCGUGCGGGCUGAACUUCGCAGAGCUGUUGGGCAAACAGGGGCUGUACGAGCUGCUGCCCCCCCCGCCUGUCACCCUGGGUAUGGAGGGCUCCGGGGUCAUCGAGGCAGUCGGGGAGGAUGUGAAAGACAGGAAGGUGGGGGAUCGGGUCAUCGUGUUGAUCCGCAGCGGCAUGUACCAGGAAGUGGUCGUCGUGCCCGCUGACAGUACCUUCCCCAUGCCCGAGCAGAUGAGCUUUGAGGAGGGUGCUGCUCUGCCCAUCAACUACCUCACCGCCUACCUGAUGCUUUUCGAGUCGGCCAACCUGAAGCCAGGCAAGAGUGUCCUCGUCCACAUGGCUGCAGGUGGUGUCGGUGUUGCUGUAACACAGCUCUGUCAGACUGUGCCAGAUGUGACGGUUUUCGGCACGGCCUCAGCCUCCAAGCAUGAGAUCAUUUCCCAAGGCGGCGUAACUCACCCCAUCGACUACCGCACCAAAGACUACGUGGAUGAAAUCCGCAAAAUCAGCCCCAAGGGAGUGGACAUUGUCCUCGACCCCCUCGGUGGAUCAGAUACCCAGAAAGGCUUCAGUUUGUUGAAGCCUUUGGGCAUGAUUAUAGUCUUUGGCGCGGCCAAUUGUGUGACAGGCCAGAAGAAGAACCUGUUGGCCAUGGCGAAGACCUGGUACAACCAGCUCUCUCUCAGCAUGCUCAAACUGAUGCAAACCAACAAGGGCGUCUGCGGCUUCCACCUGGGAUACAUCCCUGAUGAGCAGCUGAUCCACCGGACCAUGUUCAAGCUGCUGGAGCUCUACAGCCAGGGCAAGAUCAAGCCCCGCAUCGACUCCUGCUACCACUUUGAGGAGGCUACUAAUGCCAUGAAGCGCAUGCACGACCGCCAAAACAUCGGGAAAGUCAUCCUUCUUCCUGAAGCAAAGAAGGAGGAAGAGGUGCCAAAGUCCAGCCCUGAGCCGGUAGAAAAUGUGGAAAAAACUGAAGCUGCCAUCAUCGAGAAGAAGGAAGAGACCACAGAGGAAGUUAAAGCCGAGGAUUGAGUAAGAGUGUCUAUUUGAAUUAUAUUUUCGAGCCCUUCCUGAAUGCGAUCCCUAUUGUUCACUUGUCAAAAAGAGAAGAAAAAGCAGGAUGCCAUGAGUUCUUGGAUUUCUUGUCAGUAUGUUCAAAUGUUUAUGAAGAUUUUGUUGUGCAAUAUGUCAAUAGUGUAGUAUCUAUGUUGGGAAAAUUGUGAAAAAAAGUAUGGGUUUACAUCACAUGAGGAAAAAUGUAUUCUGCUAACAUGAAAAGGGUGUGGCUGCACAAUGACAACAGCUUAGCAAACCUAAACAAACCAGGGCCUGUAUGUAUGAAACAUCUCAGAAUUGGUCCUGAAAAAAUGGUCCAAUAAAAUAAAUAAAACUCAGCUCUGUAUCAAGAGCUGAAGAAAUUGCGUCACAUUGGGUUCCCAGUCAGGAAUCAGAUUACCAGUCAUGCAUUGGAGCCAACAUUAACUCUGCUUCACUACACUGCAGCAUGCAAGAGUAGAGCUUACCCAUGGAAAAAAGACCCACUACAGCUAUUUCAUAUUCUACAUAAAAAUAAGAGAGAUAAAGAAGAAGAUAAAAACAGUAGGGAGAAUAGCAUCUUUACACUUGUACCAAUUUAGGAUAUAUCAUUAAAGGACGACAUGCAUACCGGCCCUGAUUCUGCCUUUAAUCUGCAUCGUAUUUUAAAUCUGCCAAUGCCAUUUUAUAUGAAAUCAGAAUAUCAGUUCUUGUAAUUCAUUGAAUCCUGGUAACCAACCCAACCGUAUUAUCAGUUAUAUUUAGUGUGAGAUUUGUUAGUAAAAGAUGGCUAUGAUGCACUCAAAUUUCUUGUUGAUGGAGGGUCUUAAACAAUAGGUCAGUAAUGUAUUGUAGUUGAAAUUGUUAUGUGUGUCUCGCAUAUUUGUGCCAAAUAUAAAGCCAGCUUUUGCCACUGCCGUCAAGCCAACUGUGAAUAACAAUUAGCGGGACUUCCUUGCCUUGGCACUCGUUGCCCCUGGGUUUUCUUCCAACAAUGUUGUGCUGAACUUGAGUUUAAAGUGUCUGGCAGAGCCACGUUAAGGAAGGUUUUCCACCUUGAUUGAUUUGAGCUGCUUACUGAAAUCCUACAUUGCCUGUUUGAAGAAAAAAUAGUUCAGAGUUUACAAAAAAGUUGGGAUAGAAAACUGAGAGAAUGCUUUGCUUUUAUGCAUUUUGUUUUUCAGUGCUCUAUACAUAUUAGUUAAACUCCUGCGGUGUAGUAGUGGAUUAUUAAGCUUCUUUCUUCUCAGUAAUAUAUUUUAAUGCUUGCAUGUCUGUUUCCUUGAAUGCAUAACCUCAAAUAGUGGGCUCAGUAAUUCAGAUGUUUUGUCCAGCUGUGGGUGUAAUACAAUGCUGUGACGUAGAAGACGCUACCGAAGCACAAGAGAAAGAGUUUUCCUCCCAUCCCCACCGGAGCAGCUGCUCACAUUCCUCUCUCCACCCUCAGUCCGGCUCUCUGUCUCACUCUGUGGCCAAACGUUCUCAAAACUCCCUCUUCUGCUUCGAAAAACACAUUUGGAAGCAAGUUUCACAGAUAAUGCUUUAUGUUAUUUACAUCUGGGACCUUUUUUUCCUUUAGCCACUUGAACAAGUAUUGUUAGGUUUGGCCAGGUUUCCUUCUCAUAGUAUGAAGUAAGAUCUGAUGUGGAGUUGGAGUGGGAACUGGAGUCUGCUUCUUUGACUAUGUGACAUUGAUCCUUUUGUAUACAUUCAAGUGUGUAACUUCUCUUUAUGUUCAAUGUGUUCUUUCUUUCGUUUCUCUACCCACAAGCCUGGUGUUUGCCUGAUUUGUAAACUUUAUCUAUCUAGUUACAAAAUGAUAUGGUGAGUUAAUUAACCUUCACAAGCGGUUGUCUAAAAUAUGAAAAAAGGUAAUGUUUCCCUUAAUUUAACAUGAAUUGAUACAGUGUUCACUCAUUCUGCGAGGGACAUCUAGUGGUGAAAUUGUGCCUUUUUAGAUAACUAAUUAAAAAUACUUUUCACAAUGUUGCCUACGAACAAAAUGUUCUGCAGCCUGCCAUCUUAACUGUAGCAAAUCAUCCUAAUUAUAAUUAAGCCUUGUUAGUUCAACAAAUGUUUUACACUUUGAAAUAAGACCUCACAUUUGCAUAGCUAUAAAAUACUAAAACGUUAUAAUAGGUAUAAGAAAAAUAGAUUGCUAAUCACAAAUCCAUUCAACGAUUCUAGCACGCUUUCGCUCUUCUUCAAUUUGCAGCAUAAUUAAUACGAUUAGGAUUAUUCUGUGUGCUUAGCCUUUAAUCUUUCUAUGUUGUUUGUUUCAUUUGAUUUGUUACUGCAUUUAUGAAGGUGUUCAAAUUACGCAGCCUGUUUUUUUAUACACACUUUAUGCACACUUGCCUUCUGUGUUAAAUGGCACUAACCUGUCUGUAUUAUUAAAAUGUUAUCGCAUGAUGUUACAAUAA